UACUCUCAAUAUUCUCUCAAAUUCUCACACUCCUUCAUUUCUUCUUCUUCUCCUCAACUUCUCUCUCUCUAAAAAUUAAAGAAUGGCUCGCUCUUGCAUUUCGAUUCUGAUUCUCUUCGCAGCAAUGUUCGUUUUCUCUGCUGUCGCACAAUCUCCGGCGGCGUCUCCGGCGGCUUCUUCUGAAACUCCAUCGCCAUCUUCUUCCAAGUUUACGCCGACCGCUGCUCCAUCUCUUACUCCGACAUCGCCUUCUCUUUCCCCGUCGUCGAUUUCGUCUCCUCCUGCUGACGCUCCCGGACCUUCCGGAAGUAGUGCUGCUACCAACGGAAUCUUCGUCGCCGGAUCUCUUGCAGUCGCACUUGUCGUGUCUGUUAUGAUCGUUUGAAGCUCAGCAUUUGCAUUGUGGGUCCCUUUCUCUACACUCGGAGUGGGGCAUAUAUAUAUAAAUAAAAUAAUAUUAUAUCCAAAGUUUGGUUAAAUGUUGUCUCCUUAUUUUUAGUUAUUUUUAUAUUUUUUUUCUUGUUUAAAUAUACAUGUAUUUGCCGAAUUUUUAUUAUAUUAUGUAGUACUAUAUUGAGUUUUUCACAUAUAUAUCUCUUUUUU